AUGCAGUAUCUGGAUAACUAUGCCGUUGAUCAAAUACUGAUUAACCUCACUAAAGACGAAGCUACCGAAUUUCGAAAGCUUAUUGAGAAAACCUUUGAGGACUUUUCUAUUAGCGGCGAGCGUCUGUACCAGCUCGAUCCUAGUGCCAUUACUCGCCCAACUGGACAACGCACUCUUUUCAGGCCCUUUACUUUAGACUCGAGCGGCCAUCUCACGGGCAUAUUAGAUUCCGAAGAAGUGACUGGCUACCGAACUUCCAUGAAUGCCAUGGUGCCUUUCACUUGGAGAGUCAAUGUUGAAAAUAUUGUCAUUUUUGGUGCUGGCAUGCAGGCCCUGAGGCACACGCGCCUUAUCCUGACCUUAAGAGGCUCUGAGGCCUUCGGCUCCUGGCAAUCGAACAUGAUCGAGCUGGAUCCCAAAAUACUGCAUCAUAUUAUCGCUGCCGAUGGUGGCUACAACCCGAUCAGCGGCGAGGACACGGGGGUGGUGCUGGUUGACGACCGCCACUACGCUCUUCAAAAUUCAGGAGAGGCGGUUCAGAGCAAGCUCAAGGCCGAAAACAUGGUUGAGCUCGACCAGAUACUUGCCCUGAUGAACUGGAAGAUUGGAUUUGUCAAUGACCGGCAGAUUAAGCAGACACAGUGGUUUAUCUAA